AUGCAAAAUUCCAUAGACGAAAUAUUAUCUUUAAUAAGUCAAGCAACAUCACCACAACUACAUAUGAGAGUUGCAGAACUUCUUCAUACAUUAGUGAAUACAUCUUAUAAAGAAUUUCUACGUAAUAAUGAUAAACGUGAAUAUAUAGAAAUUUUUCAAUCUCAUACAAAAAAAUUACUUGAUAUAUCAUUAGAAUUUUUAUCAUCUGAUAUGGCUUAUAUUCAAUAUUUAUCAUUAAUAACAAUAAAUUAUUUAUAUGAUUUAUAUGUUUAUCAUAAUUUAUUAAAUCCUGGUAUAUAUAAUACAUGUUAUAUACCAUCAUCACGACAACAAUUAAAUCAUAAUUUAAUUAAAAAUAAAACUCAACAUUCAACAACUAAACACCAAAACAAUAUUUCAAAAAGAUCUUCAACAUUAUCAAAUAUAUUACGUCGAAUAUCACGUGAAAAUGAUCACAAACGAUCAUCAGUUAAUCUAAAAAAUUCAACACAACAAGUAUCACCAUCAGUUAGAUAUUGUACAAAUCGUUCAUCAUCAUCAUCAAUAAUAACAGCAACAGCAAAAGAGUCAAUAUCUGAUUUAACAAAUUCUAAUAUAUCAAAAUCAAAUUUAUUUAAAUAUGAAUUAAAUGAAAAAUCGUCUAAUCAAAUAUCUAAUUCAAUAAAUACAUAUGAACCAUUUUCAGUUUUAUAUAAAAUUGAACCAAGUUAUUUAUUAGAUAUAAUGCGUCAACAUUUAGAUGUACAUAGAAAUGAAUUUAAUAAUCGAGUUAAAUGUGUACCAUCAACACGUUCACCAUCAUGUCAACAUCAUUGUAUUGUUAUAUUAGGAGCUAGAUUAUUAACUAUACUUUCUCAAGAUCAUAAUUUUCAAUUAAAAUUUAUUGAAAAUAAACAAAAUUUAUCUAUUAUUAUUGAUAUGUUAAAUAUAAAUAAUGAUCCGAUUCGAACGUUCAAUUAUCAUUUUGUUUUAGGUAAAACAACAAUAAUGAAUAUGCUUUGUGGAAUAAUUGAACAAACUGAUGGAUCAAUUAAAAUAUGCAAAUAUGAUACCAGAUAUCAUAUGGAUUAUUUACGUAAAAUAAUAUCAUAUUGUCCACAAUAUGAUAUUUUAUUUGAUUUAUUAACGGUUGAAGAACAAAUUGAAUUUCAUGCAAUAGCACGAGGUUAUUCAAAUGAUAAAGAAGAUAUUUGUUCAAAUCUUCUUCAUGCAGUUAAUUUAACAAAUGAUCGAAAUAUAUUAUGUAAAUAUUUAUCUGCCGGAAUGAAAAGACGUUUAUCAAUAGCAUUGGCAUUUAUUGGAGAAACUACUUUUGUUUUACUUGAUGAACCAUCAAGUGGUCUUGAUCCAAUAAAUCGUCGUCUUUUAUGGAAUUGGCUAAUAUCAAUGAAAGAAAAUCGUACAAUAUUAUUCUCAACACAUAUAAUGGAAGAAGCUGAUGCAUUAUCUGAUCGUAUAAUAAUAUUAUCAAAUGGAAAUAUUUGUGCUAAUGAUAAAUCAAGUGAAUUAAAAAAAUCUUAUGGUAGUGGAUAUAAAUUAAUAUUAAAUACAAAUAAUGAUCAAUAUCAUAUUUAUUUAUUUGAUUUAAUUAAAAAAUAUUUAACUAAAUCAACAAUUGAUAUUCAAUCAAAUAAUCAAUUAAUUAUUCAAACAAAUGAACAAUCAUCACAAUUAUUUAUUCAAAUUUUAUAUCAACUUGAAAAUCUUAAGAAAAAUAAUUCUAUUUUAAAUUAUGGAUUAUCAAAUACAACAUUAGAUGAAGUAUUUCUUCGUAUAACAAAUGAUCAAUAUGAAGCAAAUGAAUUAAUUGAAGAUAAUCGACAAAUUAUUGAAGAUAAUUGUUCAUUUAUUUUUAAUGAAACAUUAAUUGAACAAGGUUAUGAUUAUUAUUUAAGUCAAUAUGAAGCUUUAUUUAUAAAAUCAUUUCGAAUUGUUUAUAGAAAACCAUUAUUAUUUAUAUUUAUAUUAUUAAUACCAUAUUUAUUUCAAUAUAUUAUUUAUAAUAAAACAAUUAAAAAAUCAAUAUUUAUUGAUAUUGAUGAUUGGUCUCAUUUAAAGCAACAUAAUCUAUUUAUUGCUUUUUAUCAAUAUGAUCAAUUUAAUCAAAAUUUAUUUAAUAAUAUAUCAUCAAAAAUAAUUAAAUAUUCACCAUUAACAAAUAUAUUUAAAUUAAAUAAUAUAACUAAUAUACAACAACUUGAUUAUUUUUAUUGGAUGCGUCGUCAAAUGGAUCCAUAUACAUAUUCAAAUGAAUUUAUUGGUUUAUUAUUUGAAAAUAAUGAAAAAUUGUCAAUAUUAACAUCACAUUUAAUUAUUGGUUAUGAACCAUUAAAUUUAAUUUCAAAUUAUUUAUCUAAAGGAAAAUAUAAUAUAAAAACAAAUUUAAAAUUUCUUGAAAAUAAUCAAAAUGAAUCAAAUAAAAAAUCAUUUUUAUUAUUUAUAGAAAAUUUAUCAUUAUUUAGUUGUUAUUAUGGAAUAUUACCAGGUCAAUUAACAGAAAUAUAUUUAUUAACAUAUUAUUUAAUUUAUUUUUAUAUAACAAUAUUAAUUUUAAAUGAAGAUGAUAAAUUAAAUAAAUUAAUGAAAACAUUUGGUUUACAUCCAAUUAUUUAUUGGACAUCUCGACUUUUUUUUGAUAUGAUUUUAUCAAUGUUUUAUUCAUAUUAUCUUUUAUUUAUUUAUUCAUUAAAUGAUCAAUUAAAUCAAUUGAAUAAAAAUAAAUUUCAACAAAUUCUUUAUAACCAAAAUAGAGAAAUAAAAUUUUAUUUUUAUUCAAUUACAUUUAUUAUAUCUGCUUCAACAUUACCAUUUAUUUAUCUUCUAACAAGUUUGUUUCAUUUUUCAAAUUUUAUUUUAACAUAA